UGGGUGUGUGCCAGGCGCCGCAGCUCGGGUGGGGGCUAGGUUUCCCCCUCCCCGGUCCUCCCCCGUCCUCCUGUGGCUCCCGGGGACCGCUUCGCGGAGCUGCUGGGAGCCCAGCUACCGCGGCGGCUGCACUUUCUCGGGCGAGAGCUGGAGCAGGGCUCUAGCGUGCGCGUGGCGGGGCCGCUCGAGCCCGAGGGACUGGCUGACUGAGCGAGAGAGGAGGGAUUCCCGGGCUGCUAAGCCGCACAUACUGCCGGCUCCGCACCGGCUGGACAGCCCUUUGGCUCCCCACGCGCCGAGCCCCGGGCGGGUGGGGUGGGGAGGUCCCCGGAGACCGCCGCCGGCCGGUGGGGGCUGACAGGACCACGCGGGACGCGCCCCCGGUAGGCAGCCAGUCCCCGGGCACCGCGGCCCCGACUUGGCCCCGCGUUGCGGGCGCGGGGCAGCGCAGAGGAAGCGAGAGGGGCCGCCCUCCCCCGGAGUUGGAAGCGCCUUUCCUGGGUCCAGAAUGCCCAAGAAGAAGCCAACGCCCAUCCAGCUGAACCCGGCCCCCGAUGGCUCCGCGGUUAACGGGACUAGCUCUGCGGAGACCAACCUGGAGGCCUUGCAGAAGAAGCUGGAGGAGCUGGAGCUUGAUGAACAGCAGCGGAAGCGCCUUGAGGCCUUUCUUACCCAGAAGCAGAAGGUGGGAGAACUGAAGGAUGAUGACUUCGAGAAGAUCAGUGAGCUGGGGGCUGGCAAUGGUGGUGUGGUGUUCAAAGUCUCCCACAAGCCUUCUGGUCUGGUCAUGGCCAGAAAGCUAAUACAUCUGGAGAUCAAACCCGCAAUCCGGAACCAGAUCAUAAGGGAGCUGCAGGUUUUGCAUGAGUGCAACUCUCCAUACAUCGUGGGCUUCUAUGGUGCAUUCUACAGUGAUGGCGAGAUCAGUAUCUGCAUGGAGCAUAUGGAUGGAGGUUCCUUGGAUCAAGUCCUGAAGAAAGCUGGAAGAAUACCUGAACAAAUUUUAGGAAAAGUUAGCAUUGCUGUAAUAAAAGGUCUAACAUAUCUGAGGGAGAAGCACAAGAUUAUGCACAGAGAUGUCAAGCCCUCCAACAUCCUAGUCAACUCCCGUGGGGAGAUCAAGCUCUGUGACUUUGGGGUCAGUGGGCAGCUCAUCGACUCCAUGGCCAACUCCUUCGUGGGCACAAGGUCUUACAUGUCGCCAGAAAGACUCCAGGGGACUCAUUACUCUGUGCAAUCGGACAUCUGGAGCAUGGGGCUCUCUCUGGUGGAGAUGGCAGUUGGGAGGUAUCCCAUCCCUCCUCCAGAUGCCAAGGAGCUGGAGCUGAUGUUUGGGUGUCAAGUGGAAGGAGAUGCGGCUGAGACCCCACCCAGGCCAAGAACCCCUGGGAGACCCCUCAGCUCAUAUGGAAUGGAUAGCCGACCUCCCAUGGCAAUUUUUGAGUUGUUGGAUUACAUAGUCAAUGAGCCUCCUCCAAAACUGCCCAGUGGAGUAUUCAGUCUGGAAUUUCAAGAUUUUGUGAAUAAAUGCUUAAUAAAAAACCCAGCAGAGAGAGCAGAUUUGAAGCAACUCAUGGUUCAUGCUUUUAUCAAGAGAUCUGACGCUGAGGAAGUAGAUUUUGCAGGUUGGCUCUGUUCCACCAUCGGCCUUAACCAGCCCAGCACACCAACCCAUGCAGCAGGUGUCUAAGCGAUUGGGAAGCAGCAAAGAGGGAGUCCCCUGCCCAAUGGUGUGCCACGUGCUUUUAGGCCUCCUUCCCAUGCCUGUCUCUGUUAAGACGUGCAUUUCACCUAUGACAAAGGAUGAAAACACAGCAUGUGCCAAAAUUCAACUUGUGUCAUUUUUAAUAUUACUCUUUAUUCUUAUUACUAUUGUUAUCCCCCUAAGUGGAUUGGCUUUGUGCUUGGGGCUAUUUUUGUGUUUAAUGAUGAUCAAAACAUGUGCCAGGCUGAAUUAGUGAAAUUUUGGUGACUGUGGGUAGUCAUUCUUACAAUUGCACUGCUGUUCUCAUUCUGUGACUGGCUGGCCACCUGUAUUUUUGGGAUUCUUGGACACUUGGUGGCACUUCACUCUUGCCAGGCGUACUUUCUCUCUGUGUGAGUAGGAGGGAGCCUUGUGAGGUCCUUCACAGGCAGUGCAUGUGAAGCAUGCUUUGCUGCUAUGAAAAUGAGCAUCAGAAAGUGUACAUCAUGUUAUUUUAUUAUUAUUUUUGCUUUUGAUAUAGAAUUCAGCAGUUUCCAUCAAAAUCUAACCAGAGCCCUUCACUGCCAUGAUAGCUGGGGCUUUACCAGUCUGUCUACUGUGAUGAUUUGUAGACGUCUGGUUAUAUUUCUAUAUUUAUUUUUAAAUACGCUUCGUGGGAUAUUAGUGGUAUAUGUCUCUUUAAGUUUUGGUUAGUGUUUCUAAAUUGGUGGAGUUGUUUUGAAUGUCACCAAUCAAUCAAGGCAUUAAAAUGUGUCAGAUUUAUCUUUACCCAUAUCCAAACACCAAUGCUAUUGUAAACGUGUAUAGUGCCUAAAUUGUAUGAAAAUCCUUUUAAUGAUUUUAAUCCAGAUGUUUAACAAAUCUAACCUCUUAUUCUAAUAAAUAUAUUAUGAAGUUAAAAAAUGAUGAAAG